AGGAGAGACGGGCGGGGCUAGAGCCUCGGGGGGCGGGGCCCGGGCCCGGAGGGCGGGGCCCCGGCGCCGGCUGCGUUGUCAUGGAGCUGCGGGGCCGGGCUCGCGCAUGCGCCGCGGGGCUCGCGGGUCCGGCGCUGGAGCGGCGAUUCCGGCCCUAGGGCAGGCCCCAGGCGAAGGGGACUCAUGAGUCUACGUGCAGCCCAGUAACAUGGAGAGGAGACCUCCCCCCAGAGAGAGCCCCCGAAGACUCUCGGCCAAACCCAGCAAAGGCACCGAGAUGAAAAAAGGCGCGCGCCAGCUCGGCGGGGCGGCGGCGGAGUCCGAUAAGGACUCGGGAUUUUCAGAUGGGAGCUCAGAAUGCCUGAGCUCGGCCGAGCAGAUGGAGUCCGAGGACAUGCUGAGCGCCUUCGGCUGGGGCCGCGAAGACCGUCCGCGGCCCAACUCCAAGACCGCGGGCAGUGUCUUCCCGACGCUGCCGCCCAUGGUCGUCAUGAAGAACGUGCUGGUCAAGCAGGGCAGCAGCUCCUCCCAGCUCCAGUCAUGGACGGUCCAGCCUUCCUUCGAAGUCAUCUCCGCCCAGCCGCAGCUGCUCCUCCUCCACCCCCCUGUCCCGUCUCCCGUCAGCCCGUGCCAUGCAGGGGAGAAAAAGCUGGACUCCAGGAACUACUUGCCCAUUCUCAAUUCUUACGCCAAAAUCGCCCCACACCCGGGUAAAAGGGGCCUCUCGCUGGGCCCCGAAGAGAGAGGAGACAGUGGGGUGCCGAAGAAGCUCUGCACGGAGAGACUGGGGGCGCCAAGCUCGUCUCCCAGCGAGCCCAGCAAGACCGGCGCUGUGCCCUCCAGCACCCCGGCUCCCGCCACCCCCGGCGCCAAGCUUGCUGAGGACCCCACCCCGCAGGGCGUGCCCGCCCCGGUGGCAGGCGGGAGUCCCCAGACUCUGCAGCCCGUGUCCAGCAGCCACGUGGCCAAAGCUCCCAGCCUGACCUUCGCCUCCCCCGCCAGCCCCGUCUGCGCGUCCGACAGCACGCUGCACGGGCGCGAGAGCAGCUCGCCGCUCUCCCCGCUCUCGGCCGCCUACAGCUCCCCGCUCUGGGCCGCCGAGCACCUGUGCCGCAGCCCCGACAGCUUCGCCGAGCAGAGGCAGAGCCGGCACCGGCGCUUCCAGAACACCCUGGUGGUGCUGCACAGGUCCGGGCUGCUGGAGAUCACGCUCAAGACCAAGGAGCUGAUCCGGCAGAACCAGGCGACGCAGCUGGAGCUGGAGCAGCUGAAGGAGCAGACCCAGCUGCUGCUCGAGGCCGCCAAGGGCAGGGCCCCCCAGGCCUGGGCCAAGCUGCAGGCGUCCCUGAUGGCGGGCCCGGGCCGCGGCGGCAGUGGCAGCGGCCUGGACGCCUUCUCCAGCCACCCAGACCUGUAAGGGCCGGAGCCCAGGCUGCCUUCCACCCACUUGACGGUUCUCUCGAGCCCCGACUGUUCUCUCACUCCCGUUUCCCAGAGCUGCGCCCUCAGACCGACCGGGGUCAGCACACUGCUCAGUGUUGGCCUGUGGUCUCUGCACAGCUCACGGGUGUCUCCGUGUCCUCGCCUCCUUGCCCUCAGCCCCCAGGCCCUGGGGCGGGUCGCAGGCCAGAGCAGCAGAGGGGGCCGUGUUGGACUCUUCUCGCUGCCGCCCCUCUCUACUGCACUCUCUCGCCGUGAUCCCAAGGGCAGUGACACCCAGGAGCACCCAGAGUGACACCUGGCCACCGGGCAUCUUCAGAAAAGUAAGAGGAGGUGUGUUAGGGUGUGCCACCCCUGCCACGGGUGGACCCUAAAAUGCUUUGAGCACAGGUAGGGAUCAGGCACUUAAUCGCUUAAGGCUUCGUUUUCUUAAACUUGAAAGUCCAAGGGCUAGGGCAGUGCCAUUUAACUGUCCCGUUCCCCUUCACUCCCGCGGGGAGGCAGUGUCCGCAGCGUGAGGAAUGCAGGUGGGUUGAUCCUGUGGGAUCCGAGCUGCCUGGACCCGGAGAAAGUAAGAGUGGGCAGCAUCUGUCAGUAGGAGCCUGGAGAUUCUGGCGAUCCCGCUCUUCGCUCUCAUUAAGUGGUGUGUCCAGUGUUGUGGCUGAGACCCUUUGUGUUUGUUCUGUUUUCUUUCGGUUUUGUUUUGGGGCCACACCUGGCGGGGCUCAGAGGUCAUUUCUGGCGCUGCACUCAGGGGACCGUAUGGGAUGCUGGGGAUCAAAGUGUGCAAGGCUACCGUACUCCACUGUACUAUCUCUCUGGCCCGAGAUUGAGCACCUUGAGGAGCAGGUCCUGGUUUCUGAUAGUGCCGCCACCCUCCGCUGCCCCUGCCCGCCUCCCCUUCCUUUUCUCAAAGAGGAAACGAGUAAUUAGGCUUGGUAAACUCCGACUCAAACUCAUCCUGAGACCAUGACGUAGAAGUCCCAAAGAAUUUGGAAAACCUUUAUUUUCCUUUCACAUCUGCUUUUUUGUUGAUCCUCCCCCCCCCCGCCCCCUCAGGGACAGAGCUCACUGGGAGGCCAUCUUCUGUGUUUCUAGGGGUCCUGGGAUGUGGGCGACAAAGCAUGGGAAGAGACGGCCCGAGUAACACACCCCCUCUCAGCGUCAUUCUUUACAAUGAACUGGGUUUUUGAGUAGUAACGCUUCAGACUUUUUAGUCCUCAGAAAAUUCCAUCCUCUGGGCAGGAGCAAUGGGACAGUGGGUAGGGCAUUUGCCUUACAUGUGGCAGACAUAGGUUUGAUCCCUGGCAUCUCAUAUGGUCCCCAGAGCACUGCCAGGAGUAAUUCCUGAACUCAGAGCCAGGAUUAACACUGUGUGUUCCAACACAUGCGUGCACACACACACACACACACACACACACACACACACACACACAAAUUCCAUCCACUUGAAAAUACAAGUUACCUUUAAUAAGAGAUUUUGUGUGAACAACUUCAUCAUUCUUGCAAGGAAAAUUUUCUUUGCUACAAGAAGAAGGCCAGAAGCUAACGCUCAUUAAUUAGAGUUACUAGGCAUUUCAGAUUCUUGGGGCCAGAGCAGUAGUAGUACAGGUAGCUAGGGACUUGCCUUGUUCUGCUGACCUGAGUUUGAUCACUGGCACACCAUAUGAUCCCCAGAUCCCCAAGUACAGAGCCAGGAGUAACCCCUGCGCGCCGCCAGAUGUGACCCAGCCUCCUGCCAUCCCCACCCCAAAUUCUAACGUGCUUUUAAACCCAAGGCAGUGAGUUGCCUACUUUUUUUGUUCUCAAACCCGCCUGAUUUAGAUAGGGAGGAUUUAUUUAGUCAUUUGGGAAAAAUCUCUGGAGUCUUGGGGAUUAUCUUUUGGCAUUUGCUUUCUGAGUUUCAGAAAUCAGCAAAUGCAGACUUAAAGCAGACUCAGCUCCUUUUAAUUGUUUUCUCUUGGCCCACAACCCCCGGAUCUGUGUGAUACUCCAGCCGCUCUGCCCCGUGCCGCCUCCUGGACAUAGUGUGUCAGAGUAGGACGGGUGCGACCGGAAGAGUCACGUGCUUACUCCAGACUCGCGUGCCUCAGAACCCAGCACACUUCCGAGAGCCGCCUGAUCCCACUGGAUCCCACGGUGGCCUCCUGGCCUCCUCUUUGUGGAAGAGGGCUUGAGUGGCCUCUCCCGGGGUGGGGGUCAAAGGGGAGCACCUUCCAUCAGGGACCAGGCAAAAGUGGCCGGACGUCCCUGUUCUGCAAACCUGGUGCUGACAGGCUCUGAGGCCUCAGAGCACAGAACCACUCCCCUUCCCCCCCAACCAGGGACUCUGUAAGCCAGGGGGCCACGCGGGAGCCGUGCCGUGGAAGGAGAUGGCCUCUGAGGCAGCCAGCUCACAAGCAGAGGAACCACAGCGUUGACCAGAAAGCUCCCCGUUGGUGGCCACGGUCUCAGCGGUGCCUGAUUCAGCUGGUGUGGCUUCCGCAGCCACGCGCCUCUUUCCGGAUCAGGAGAAGCCCUUUCUGACUCAGAGCGACCCUCCAGAGAACUUUCGGCAGAUCUGGUGGGCGGCCUUGGAACACACCUAGGAAACGCUGCCGACUAGUGACGGGAAGGGGGCUAGUGACGUUUGUAAUUAAUCCCUCUCCCGCUCCUUACUGACUACAGUACUGUUUGAUUGGACUGAUUCUUUCCGCGGAGCAGUAGCUCUUGUGCAUAUAUCAAAGUGGUUUUUCUUUUUCCCAGCUAUGAAUUCUUUAUGAUAAGAGAUUUAUUUACCAAAUGUGAGUUCUUUUGAGGAAGUUUGAAGUUUUGUAGACACGGACUGUGAAAUGUCAGAGAAAAAUAAAGAAUCACUUACUUGACGACA